CUUCUUCUACUCGUGUUGACUCGUUGAUUUCCGUUCACCAUCGGGGGAUCUGAAAAAUGGCGACUGCGUCUUUACGAAACUCCGCGUCCUCGCUGCUGUUAUUCAGCAGAAGGUUAUUCAGCCCUCAGCUGAACGCGCUCUGCUCAUAUCACAAAAAGGUGGUGGACCACUAUGAAAACCCCAGAAACGUGGGAUCUCUGGACAAAAACUCCAAGAAUGUGGGGACUGGUUUGGUGGGUGCACCAGCCUGUGGUGAUGUAAUGAAGCUUCAGAUCCAGGUGGACGACGAUGGCAAAAUCGUGGAUGCAAGAUUCAAGACAUUUGGCUGUGGAUCAGCUAUUGCCUCCAGUUCUCUAGCAACAGAGUGGGUGAAGGGGAAGUCGGUCGACGAAGCUCUGAGGAUCAAGAACACAGACAUUGCCAAAGAACUGUGCCUUCCUCCAGUCAAGCUGCACUGCUCUAUGCUCGCAGAAGAUGCCAUAAAAGCAGCGCUGUCGGACUACAGACUGAAACAACAGGACAAGAAGGAGGAACGUGCACAAGCCGGCAGUUAAUAUGUUGUUAUUAACUACCUGUUAUGGGCUCUGCAAGGUUUCACUGUUUUGGAAGAGUGGUUCUUGUUUUACUACAUCAGGUCUUUCACCUUUCUGGGAGUUUUAUACCUUUUUAAAGGGUCGUGGGGUCGCUCUCUUGAAUUCAAGACUCCCACGUUGUUCAAGUGAUGAUCAGAAUAGUCAUAAUCAAUGCUGCUUAUGGAGUCGGAGGUUCGUGGUACAAAUAAUACUUUAACUCUAAUACUUAAGUUUAAACAAAGAAACUGGACAUUGUUGCUACUUUUGCAGUGUUUUUUUCUACACAAACAAGAUGAAUCAGAAACAGGUUGAAGGUUUUUGUUGUGUAUAUUGUUUUGGCUUUAUUUGGCUUGAUUGUACAAAAUCACUGCUCCCUCUUGGAGGAUUCAGUACGCAACAGCUUUAAGUACACAUACAAAACAACAGAAUAUUGUAUGAGACUGUGUGCUUAUUGUCAAUUAAAUGAUUAAAAACA